AUGCCCAAUUUCGGCCGUACUUCAACAUUGCCCAUUCCCAUUCAUUGCAUCCCGACCGAGCGGACGAAACGUACACAGAUAUGCGCACGUACCCAAGUCAAAGCAGCUUUAUAUUCGCAAGCUAUGCAUGAGUUUCGCCUCUGCAGGGAAGGGGAGCUGGCGAGUGACUUCGGCGUUCUUUUUGGGGUCAAUUCCUUCAAUCGAGGAGCGUUGUGUGGCGCGCGUUACCUUUCGAAAACAGCCUAUCAGGAGACUGCCAGCUUCGGGAUAAACCAACGAGUGUUGAGUGUUGGGGAAAUUCCAACAAAUGCAGCAGUAAGGGAUUUUGGCAGGCGAAAACGAUCGCACCCGGGUCGAACAGAUCGACGGGGCGACAUAUCAGGUUGA